AUGCGCAACCUAGUCAAGCAGACGCCUCAUACGAGCUUCUCAGCCGGCGACGAGCCGCGCCUCCGCUCCCACCGCCGCACCAAGUCCAGCCAGUCGGUCAAGUCGAACAAAUCGACCAAGUCGCUUGGGUCCAAGGAACUGAUCGAAGAAAUGGCGGAAAACUUUGUUGGCCGCCACCCGUGCUCUGAGUCCGAGCUGGAGCAGGAGCACGAGGCCCACCCCAACAUUGAGAUCGCCGAGCCAGAGCGCGGGCGUACCCGCACCACCUCCAUUAGCCGCAGCAAGAGCUUCAUCCGCUCGCUUUCACGCAACAAACAGGAGAUCUCGGACGACUACAUCCUCGUUCCCCCGACUCCGACCCGUCGACUUCGCUCCUCCCGCCGUUCCAUUCCGAACAAGCCCAAGCGCGCCGACCCCUCCUUAUUUACAAAGGUGGAAGGGGUUAAGCCCGAGGCCGUGUCGGCUCCGACUGUUAUGGUGCCUCCGACCCGGCCCCGUUUUACCAGGGCCCUCUCGGAGCGUCCUAAGCGGUUUCCCCGCCUUCCCGGCUCGGUGACAGACCUCCAUGCGGGACGUGAGAUCCCGAAGGACCAUGGUCAAGGUGGUCCCGAGGAGAACAGCCAGGAUGAUCAAACCUUUGAGUCGCACAACCUCGAGCACGAGCACAACCUCGAGCACGACCACAACCUCGAGCACGACCACAACCUCGAGCACGACCACAACCUCGAGCACUCGAGCCUCGAACAGAACAAGGCCAAGGAGGAGACGCGCCAGCCGCAUAACAACACACUCCCCCCGCCCCCUCUCGGCACCGGCAACCAGGAGGUCGACCAGGGCCUCAUCCUGACACAGGACCAGCUUGAGUCGAUCCAGAGCCAGCGGCCGCACGAGGGCGCGGACGAGUGUGAGCGCCAGAACCGGGUAGAGGAGGAAAAGGCCAAGUGGCACCGCACCUUCCGCACCUCCUUCAGCCGCUCUCUGAAGGGCACCAAGUCGAUUGUGCGCGAGGGCACGACGUCCAUUACCACCAUGACCGCCAAGGCGGGCCGGAAGGGAGCUUCGCUUGGCCACAUCUUUGGUCGUUCCUUUAGGCGCUCAUUCGGCCUCUCGAUGAAGAAGAGCUUCAAGAAGCGCAAGGACAAGGACGACAAGGAGGACAAGGGCAAGACCACCGACGCUGAGGGCGACCAGAACGGAAACAAGGUCGACGACGAGCUUGACCCCUCGAUUACCGAGGCCUUGGAGGGCCGAAGCACGCGUGACCGUAGGUCCGUUGUUGGCCUCUUCGACCUCACUGGUGCCGAGGGCAUUGCGGCGCAUGUGGAGCGACUCGACGCUGAAGGUGCCGAGAAGGACGCCGUUGAUGGCAUCGACCCAGCCAUUGAGGGCGUUGCCCAGACCGACGUCGCCACCGAGGGCACGGCUGCAAUUCAAUUAAUUGAAUCUGGAGCAGCUGCUCAAGCCACUCUCCUCACCUCGCAAACCCUCCCCGCCUCUGAAGCAUACUUUGACCACUUCGACCCGGUUGCGGAAUACGGAAUGCCCCGUACAGGUACCGUCUCGACAUACGACACCGCUCGGACCACUCUCGAGCCCAACACGUCUCUUGACGAAACGUGGCCCGAAACUGAGCUCGCAGCCGCCGUAGAGCACUACAAGAAGGAAGCGGAGGCGGACGGCAUCAACCUCGACGACAUCGAGGUCGACCUCACUAUUGGCGACACCAAGCCUUUAGAGUUCCGGAAGCGUGUCAAGACUCUCAUUGAUGCCGGCUGUCCCAAAAUGGCGCGGGAGGAAUAUGUUGACUGGCAGCAGAACGAGUUCCGCACCUCAAUCUACGGAGAGACGGGCAUGGACUUCAGUGCGCCCACUAACUGGACUGUGUACACUCCAGGCAAGACGCCGCAGAAGACGCGUGUGCAGCCGCCCGAGAAGCGCUUCCGGUUCCAGGGGGACGACUUGCUCGGUUUACAGCUCGACCUGUCCGAGCCGACUUAUGGUAACACGCUGGCGUUCCAGGCUCGACUUGUCCAGGCGCAAGCACAGGCGGCACUGGACCAGGCUGCCUCGACAUACUCUGCUUCGUCAACCGGACCGUCUCGACUGCCAUCCCUGCCCACCUCCGUCAGUUCCGAGGCGAGUCACUUUUCCACUCAGGACGACGAGAUCGAGGAGCUCGAGAAUCCCACUACUCCCAAGGCAAGCCACUUCCUCCUCCACAGGCAGUACCACAACACGACGACAGUGGACUCGCCGCACGCGGCGCACGUCCUCAACAGUCUGCACCCAGCCAACAUCAGCGCGUCAACCGCCUCAUCGGACAUGGACCUUGGUGCGCUUGGUCUGACUACUGCGCCAUCACCCGCCACUCCAGCCCAGGAAUACUUUGUGCGUGGUGUUCACCACUCUCGUCCCCGGCCGGCUGCUCAGCCUCGCCUCGCCAGCGACCCGCUUCACCGCCGCCAGCAGACCGGUGACCGCAUGGUCAGCGUGCCCACGUGCAAGCCGCCUCCGCCUCCCACUCUUCCCAACAUCCCUGAUCCCAACGUCCGAACGCACAAGAACGGCAAGCGUCUCCCGCCCGCCCUGGUGGCCGCUUACGCCAACGUCGAGGCUGAACAGGCUGGUAUUGUCCAGAACGUCAUCGCCACUCGCGAGAUGGAGGAACGCAUCGUCCGCCAGGCACUGACAGAGGCUGCCCGUCUGGACGCUGAACAGUCGCGAGUCUCCGAGGGAACUACGCGCUCGACCGCCUCGUCAGACGAGACGAUCCGCGGCGUAGGCUUCGGGCGCCGCCGUCCCACUAUCCCCACGCCAAUCCCCACGCCUCCACCCCCCGUCCUUCCGCCCGGCCACUGGAGUGAGCAUACGGCGCAGCACUUAUCAUCGACGAGCGGCACCGAGACCGUCCACACGUCAACCAACGAUCCCAGGGUCGUCUCCAACCCCCUUCGCCGCCCGACCUUGCCGCAGGGGUGGAUCGAGAACCCUCCUAUGGUGCGCCCAUACGGCCAAUAUAUCGGCCACGUAGCCCCAACUGUUGGCAAGAUCUACACGCCUGCCGCCAUCGAGGGCAAGGAGAACAAGCACGACAAGGAGAAGCCCAAAAGGAGCAAGACUCUGCGGGGGACUUUUGGCAGGAUCCUCAAGCCCAAGAAGGAGGAAACUUGGUCGGGCGUUUCGGGAGCUUCGGGCUCGACGUCGCUCGGUUGGCGCGACACCAAGGCGAUCCGCGCCAUCCCCUCCGACAACUCGGUUGCUACUACGCCCAACUCGAGCACACCUGAAAUCGCAGUCACCAAGGCCCCCGGCACGGAAUUCUACACUACACAGGUUGACUUGGGCACCUGGGACGACGGCGCCAAGAAGGGGUGGAAGGCGCGUAUGCAGCGGGGCAAGGACGUGGCGGACUGGCUCGGCGGCCGCGUCGCCCCCGGUCUCGUGGUCAAGAAGCCGACUCCGACUCCACCUCCGACUCUCACUGCCACUCCGACUCCACCUCCGACUCUCACUACCACUCCCAUUCCAGUUGAGGAGGCCCGCGCGGUCCCAUACGCCCCCAGCCACAACCAGAACCAGCAAGACCAAGCUGGGACAGGCGCCGUCGCACCACGUCAGCUGCCUGAGUGGGUCAAGCAGGAGAAGCGGUACAAGAGCUCACACGCGCACUCCAAGCCCACCGAGUAUGAGGACUAUGACGGCUCGCGCGAGCAGGCUGAGGCUGGCGAGUUCUGGAGGGACGACGCGCAGGACCAGGCGAACAAGUUCUCGGAGGAGGUGGACGAGCGCGAGAACGGCGCGGAGGAGCAGGCCCAAGAGUCUCGCAGCGGCGAACAGGAGGAGGGGGACUCUUACGCGUACGCGACCCAGGACGGACACAGCACAGAGGACGCCCUCAACCUCACCAACAUUACCGAGGUGACCGAGUACCCCACGUUCUCCGAGGACGAGUUCACCACGUCGACGCCGCCCUGGCGGCGCCGCAUGUAG